GUUAGCCGAAAAUCGGCUAAAACGGUCACAAUGGUUGUGUGUCCCUUGCUCCGUGGUGUGUAUGUGUUUGAAAGUACCUUCCAUGCACACACAGAGCACAGUGUAGCCUGUGAAAUUCGAGGUGACGUUUGACCCAGUGACCCCUGGCAAGUGUUCAGGUGAACCUUGAACGUUAUGAAGUUCAAUGCCGUACCAGUUUGUUCCGGAUUGGUUUUUUUUGCUGGGUUCGGUUGUAUGAGCCCGUUUACAACAGACUUCCUUCACUCAGAAACGCUGUGGCAAAUUGGGGCUCUUUUCAAACGCGAGGUUUGCACUUGAAGCUUUAAGUAUAGUGUCUCUCUCGAUCAUUGUAAACACGCAUCAUGGUGCUGAAGGAAUUGAUCGCUGCUGCAAGCAACUUCAACGUGCAGACUGUGGUGUUGUUUGUCGUUGUUCUCUUGCUCACCAUCGCCUGGAUCCGUCGUCCGAGGAACCUGCCGCCGGGUCCACCAGCAUGGCCGAUCAUCGGUAACGCCCGUGGUCUGCAGAGGGGAGCCUUGCAUCUGGUGAUGACUGACUGGGCCAGACAGUACGGGAGGAUCAUGAGCAUCUGGAUGGGCCCAAAGCUAGCAGUGGUUCUGAGUGACAUCCAAGCCGUCAAAGAAGCCCUAGUCAAGCAGGCAGACUGCUUCUCUGACCGGAUUGAACCACCCAAGUUGUUUGGAGAGGGGAUGUCGUUAAAAGGCAGUGUCAUCAUGUCCAACGGCGAAGUCUGGAAGGAGCGGCGGCGCUUUGGGCUGAGCGCCAUGCGAACCCUGGGCAUGGGCAAAAGAAGCGUGGAGCACAAAAUCACAGAAGAGGCGCGCUAUCUCCUCGAGUGUUUUGACGGCGAAGGAGAGAAGCCCUUUGACCCUGAGCACGCCAUCCUGAACGCGGUCUCCAACAUCAUCUGCCUGAUCAGCUUCGGCUACCGCUUCGAGUACUCCGACCCCAAAUUCGCCCGUCUCAUCAAACUCGUCAAGAUUAGACUUUCGACCGUGUCUUUGAACGUGCUGGGUAUCUUCCGAGCGUAUUUUAACAGGUCCAAGCACACCGGCUUACUUCAGGGGCAAAAAGAGAUCCGUAAUUUCAUCCAAGAAAUUGUACAAGAACAUGAAGAGUCAUUCGACCCAAAUGACCUCCGUGACAUCAUCGACAUGUACCUGGUGGAAAUCGAGCAACAGGAAAAGAACGGGAAAACAGGUGAAGAUACCGCAUUUUGCAGGACGACACUGUGGAGGAGUAUUCAAGACUUUUUCGUAGCUGGGACCGAUACCACCACCAACACUCUGUUGUGGCUGAUGCUGUACAUGGCUAUGUACCCGGAGGUUCAAAACAAGGUGCAGAAAGAAAUCGAUGACGUCAUCGGAAGCGACAGACAGCCAAUUGGCGAGGACAGUAACGCCAUGCCGUACACCAACGCCGUACUGAUGGAGAUGCAGCGACACCGACCCGUCACUCCUAGUGCUGUGCCACAUCAGACACGUUACCAGACUGAGUUGUGUGGUUAUACCAUUCCUGCUAAAACAGCUGUCUUCGUGAAUUUGUGGGCCAUUCUACGCGAUCCGAAAUGCUGGACAGACCCGGAGAAGUUCGACCCCGCCAGGUUCCUGUCCAAAGACGGCAAGACGGUCGAGAGACCGGAGGCUUUCAUCCCAUUCAGUUUUGGUCGGCGUAUUUGCAUGGGAGAGACCCUGGCUAAGAUGGAGAUGUUCCUCUUCUUUGUCAACCUCCUCCAGCGAUUCACCUUCUCCUUGCCUGCCGGGAAACCACGCCCCUCUCUGGAGGGAAUCACCGGGGUGACCCUUGCUCCACAGCCCUUUGAGAUUGUUGCUAAGAAGCGAUGAAUUUUUCGUUAGCAGUUGAGCACAAAAUGUGUUUGUAAACUUUAAUUUGCCAUUUAUGAUACAAUAUAUAAUUGCGUAAUGAAAAUAGCCCCUCAGCAAUAACUUCCUCCCCGCCUUCUAAUUUGGUCUAACCCGCCCCCUCAUAUCUACCACAUCCCCCAGCUGAGUGUGUAUCAGUCCAGUGUGCGUCAGGCAGUUAUAUAAUUGCGUUUGAAUAGCCCCACGUGUAUGGAAUUUGAAAUAUCCACGUGCGAUUUAGUCGGCUGGGUGCUGUGAUAGGGUUACGUUGUCUGUGGAGGGCUGUACAGUUUUGAGUGUGAACAGAGAAAGCUUGCCGUAAUAACCAAGUAAGUUGUAGUGCAGGACACAGAUAGUCUAAUCUCCAAUGGAGUUGGAGUCGGGUUAUGGUACAUUACCGUAAGCUAUGCCCAGGCUCCCUGUGACCCAUGCAGUGCGGAUCUAAAGCCCUCUUUCGGAAAAUCAGGCAGACAAAAAAAGGUAAAUGUCUGUUAACAUCCCCGCCCCCGGCAGCUGAACUCCCUCUUGAUCCAAACCUGGAUCCACUCCCGUGGUCAUCAACGAGCCACUUUCUUAUACUAUUGUAUGUCUUGCUUAUACUUUUGCAACAAAUUCCUUUGUAAGUUGCUUUAAUUGCCUUAAAUCGUGUGACCGUACGUUGGUCCUAGAUUUAGGACUAAGGAUUUAGAAGUAGACGGGUCUGCAUUUCUAAAUAAAGUAAUUCACAUUAAGCCUUUAAAAUUCGUUCUGUCUCGCUGCGGCCCCUGACCAAUCUACAACAUAAUACUAUUAUUAAUAGACUGUAUGUUUAACGAUUAUGUGUUCAGUUGCGUUACCUAGCAAUUUGUGUUUGUAAUUGUCAGUGAUAUAUUGGCCGUUGAUCCCUCAGAUUUUAUUUCCAUUUUGGUAUACUAAACACUUUUAGAUGCGAGGUCACAUGCGUGUACAAACACUGCCUUAUGGGGUACCGGGAAAAUGGGAGGUACCCCACAAGGAAUGCCCACCGACUUGCGGGGUACCGUUUUGGUACCCCACAAGUUUUUCACGAAAUAGAUAAUAUAUGGAUUUUACUCAUAAACUAGGAAUUUCCAAGGUGGGUUGAUCCGUUGCAAAUGGCAGAGUUUUAGAAAAGGGAUAUUAAGUCCGAAUUUCAGCCCAGGAAAUUAAUUCAGGUUAAAAUAAGAGUAUUUUGAAAUGAGUGUGCGACGUUGCAAAAUUUUAGUACACGAGAACAAAGGAAGUACCCCACUUCUAUGCCUUACAUAUCGUGUGUGUAUGUGUGUGUCACGAGAUUAAACUGUCCAUUAAUUAGCUACAAUAUGCCCUAGUAGGAAGCAAAUAAAAUUGCGUUUCUAUAUGGGUAACAAUUACACACGCGUUUAGUGCGACGUCCAGAGUUGUUUCAAAUUCCGGUUUUCUGGGAUUGACACGUCGAAAACAAAAGUGUGCAACUUAAAUUGCUGAUUAAUUUUAGCUUCAGGUAUGCGUAAGGUAAGAGUUAAACAUUGAACAAGUUCACGUCUCCGCGCGUUGUACGUAAACGAAAUCAGAAUUUGUGAAGAAGAAUGGAGAAAAAAUGGUUUCAGGAUUUUGGGUCUCUGUGAUAUAAUGUAGGGAAAACUGUCGUUAAGUUUUGCUUUUCCUUUUAAUUUCGAAUUUGUUUUGUUAUCUAUGUUGCAAAGGUUGUAAUUAUUAAGAUGGUAUAAUUAGUGGAAUAAAGUUCAAAAUUCGGGCAGCGAUAAAGUGCACUUUUGGUAGUUCUUGUUGGAAUGGAUAUUUCCAGAUUCGAAAUAACUAAUAAGCAAAUUCGACGACUAUUUCCUUUUCAAAUUCAAUGCAGGUAAUCAGAUUACUAAUCACGUAGCAUAAAAAAGAAAACACAUAGGUGUGGGCGGGGUAACGUCAGCCGAUGGUGAUUACAUCUGUAAGUAUGUGUUACCGUUUAACACUCCACACUCAUGGACCAUUGAGUUAAGCAAAUGGGUUUGGGAACUAGACGAGGAAGUGUAAGAAGCUCCCGGAUGUCUGCGCCCGCCCAUAUAGGGUGGUUGAAAAUAAAGGAAAUUCACUUUUAACAGCAAUAUGUAUCUUGUAUCUUGUUAAAUAAAUGAUUUCCGUAUUACAUGAUGUAAAGUAGUUUCACCCUUAUUUCCAGAAAGUAUAUAAUUAUACUCGCUCGAACGGAUUCAAAUUUGGGACAAGAGUAUAAUUAAGUUUCCACUUAAAAAAAAGAGAAGUUUUUCCCGCAAAACCUCUAACUAACGAUACGUUUUCACUCUUAAUUGUUUGGAACUACUUCACUUGGAAAAAAAGACAGAAACUACAUCGAAACAGUGUUUCUUCGAUGUCUUCGAUCAAAACCUUUAAAAAUAUGGGCUUACAUUCGUUUUACAUGCCGAUGGAUGGAAAAAUUGUCACGAAACUCACUCCAAACCAAUCAACACCUAUUUUCUUCAAAACCACACCCACGCGGCGAUUACCCACGCGCCAAAUUGGGCGUUUUAAACGAAAUAAUGUUAAUUGGAAAGGGCAAAGUAGGAUAUAAACAUCCACACAGCCAUCCGUUAAAAACUAUCCAGCUGUUCAGCUGACAGCUAACUGA